CGCUUUGGAACAUAAAAAUUCAUAAUCAAAUGAGCCGACCCCCACCACCAGCAGUCGGUUCUUCCAGCCGGCGCGGUAAAAGAAAAAGUAGAAGAAGAAACGUGUGCGCGCCGGCUGGUUGAUUGCAUGUUUACACCGCGAGCAAUCAAGUUCCUCCGUUCUCCGGGCACGCGUGCGCCCAUCACAACCUCCAUCGCCCGACGUGCAAUAUCCAAGGCUGUGAUGGACACAGUGCCGAAAGAAGUGCCCAUUCCGGCGUCCGGUUCUCCAGCUUCCGCCGAGGAUGCGACCACCCGACCGUCGGCCCCGUUGCAGUACCGCGUGGUAGCGAAAUGCGGCGUGACAAAGGCGCGCGUUGGCGUGAUGAGCGUUCGGCACGCGGACGUCGAUACUCCCGUGUUCAUGCCGGUCGGUACGCAGGGCACGCUGAAGGUGCUGCCCGAGCAGCUGCUUGCCCUCGACUGCCGCAUCAUGCUCGGCAACACGUACCAUCUCGGUAUGCGGCCCGGCACAACCGUGCUGGAGAAGGCGGGCGGUUUGCACCGGUUCAUGGGCUGGCCCCGGGCACUGCUGACCGAUUCCGGGGGCUUUCAGAUGGUGUCGCUGCUGCAGCUGGCCGAAAUCACCGAGCAGGGCGUCCGGUUCCAGAGCCCGUACGACGGGAGCGAGUGCAUGCUGACGCCGGAACGCAGCAUGGAGAUACAGAACGCGAUCGGGGCGGACAUUAUGAUGCAGCUGGACGAUGUGGUGAAGACGACGACGACGGGCCCGCGCGUUGAGGAAGCGAUGCACCGGACGAUCCGCUGGCUGGAUCGAAGCAUCGGCGCACACGCCCGGGACACCGAGCAGAGCAUUUUCCCGAUCGUGCAGGGCGGGCUGCAGCCGGACCUGCGGCGUGCUUGUGCGGCCGAGCUGACGAAGCGCAACACGCGCGGCUUUGCCGUGGGCGGACUGAGCGGUGGCGAGAGCAAGGACGAAUUCUGGCGCACGGUCCACCUGUGCACGGAUCUGCUGCCGGAGGAUAAACCGCGCUACCUGAUGGGGGUCGGCUUCGCGGCCGAUCUGGUCGUGUGCGUCGCGCUCGGUAUCGACAUGUUCGAUUGCGUGUUUCCCACGCGUACGGCCCGGUUCGGCUGCGCGCUGACGCGCGCCGGACAGAUCAACCUGAAGCAGCGCACGUUCGCGCAGGAUAUGCGCCCGAUCGAGGACGAUUGCGACUGCUCGACGUGUCGGACGUAUACGCGCGCGUACCUGCACCACAUCGUCACGGUCGAACCGGUGGCGUGCAGCAUCGUGAGCGUUCACAACGUGGCCUUCCAGCUGCGGCUGAUGGGCGACAUGCGGGACGCCAUCCAGGAGGGCCGCUUUCCGGCGUUUGUGAAAUCGUACAUGGCCGUCCGGUUCCCGGACGAUACGGUGCCGCAAUGGAUACGCGACGCACUUGCCGCCGUCAACGUACAGCUCUAGUCGCGGUUUGCCGUUCGACGGCCCAGUUCCAUUCCUGCGUAAUUUAAACCAAACUUUGACGGGGAUUUCUGCCCAAAAUGUUCGCCUGUGUACGAAGCAACUUAUACACUGAAAUAAAACAAUUAAUAAUUUAUUCGUAAUCCGCAA